ACAAACACACACACACACACACACACACACACACACAAAAUGCAAGGUCGUAAAGUUUAUGUUGUCGGCGUAGGCAUGUCCAAGUUCAUCAAGCCCCGUGGUCUUGUCGAUUACCCUGAAUUCGCGUUGGAGGCUGCCGUCAAGGCUUUGAACGAUGCAGGUGUUUCAUACGACAAGGUCGAUUUCGCCGCUUGCGGUUACGUCUUUGGUGACAGUACCUCUGGCCAGCGUGUCUUGUAUCAGCUCGGUAUGACCCAGAUCCCCAUCAUCAAUGUCAACAACAACUGCUCGACCGGCUCGACUGCCUUGUACAAUGCCCGUGCUGCUAUUGCUUCGGGUAACGCCGAAUGUGCUCUUGCUCUUGGUUUUGAGCGCAUGAAGCGUGGUUUCAUCACUGAAGCUUUCCCUGACCGCACUUAUCCUCUUGACCACGUCCAGGCCGUGAUUACUGACGAACGCAGCUGGGACAAGAACACUGGCAAUGCUCCUCAAAUCUUUGGCAACGCCGGUAUCGGCUACAUGGAAAAGUACGGCGCCACCGAAAAGCAUAUGGCCAUGAUUGCCGAAAAGAACCAUCGCCACAGCGCAAAGAACCCUUACUCGCAGUUCCGUGAUAUCUAUACCCUCGAACAGAUCGAGCAGUCGGCCAAGGUCUUUGGCCCCUUGACCAAGUUGCAGUGCUGCCCUACCUCCGACGGUGCUGGCUGUGCCAUUGUCGCUAGCGAGGAUUUCGUCUUGAAGCACGGCUUGAUGGACCAAGCUGUCGAAAUCUGUGCUCAGGCCAUGGCCACGGAUUCCCCCAAAAUGUUGGGCAAGGAGAACACGGAAUGGGCUGGUGCUGAUAUGACCCGCAAGGCUGCUGGAGAAGCUUUCUUCAAGGCUGGUAUCUCUCCCAACGACGUUCAGGUUGUUGAGUUGCACGAUUGUUUCUCUGCUAACGAGCUCAUUACCUACGAUGCCCUCGGUUUGGUGCCCAAGGGUCAGGCUCACAAGUUGAUUGAUUCUGGCGAUAACACCUAUGGUGGCAAGUACGUUGUCAAUCCCUCCGGUGGUCUGAUCUCCAAGGGCCAUCCUCUUGGUGCCACUGGUUUGGCUCAGUGCACUGAACUGGUCUGGCAAUUGCGUGGCUGGGCUGGCGAGCGUCAGGUCGCUGAUGUCAAGUACGCCCUUCAGCAUAACGUUGGUCUUGGUGGCGCCGUCGUCGUGUCCAUCUACAAGAAGGCCAACACCAACAAGUCUGAUCCUAAGACCUCUUAUAACCCUGCCGUCGAGGCUCGUGCCAUCACCAAGGACGACUUCUCCAAGGCUGCUUCCCAGAACGCCAACCGUGCUGAGUACAUGGACUCUGUUGGUGUCGCCAAGCUGUAAAUUUAUCUUACUUUUCUAUAUCAUCCCCCCCCACUUUCCACUGUUCCCCUCCUCUUCCGCCGUCAUACAAACGAAAACAACCAUGCUUGCACGUUAUUUUGUACAGAAACAACCCCCUUUUCCCACAAUAAAAGCUGAUAUUAUUAUUCG